AGCACCAGCAGGGAGAAGGAGAAGGAGGGAGGAGAGAGCCACAGUCACAGCGCCGCAGCCUGCAUGGGCUAGUCGUUUAGCUCACAUUAGCUUAGCAUCGUCACACCGCGCCGCUUGUCCCGCUCUGUAUUUGUGUGUGUGUGCGCGCGCGCCGCUCCGUCCCCCCUCCUGCCUCACCCCCGGCCGGCUUACAAAAUGAUGAAGUUCAGGUUUCGUCGGCAAGGAACCGACCCGCAGAGAGAGAAGAUAAAACAGGAGCUGUUCGCCUUCAACAAGACUGUGGAACAUGGGUUCCCCCAUCAGCCCAGUGCUUUGGCCUUUGAUCCCAAGCUGCUACUCAUGGCCAUCGGCACAAAGUCAGGAGCCAUUAAAGUCUACGGAUCUCCAGGUGUAGAGUUUACAGGACUGCAUAAAGUCACCACUGCUGUCACACAGCUCCACUUCAUACCUGGACAGGGCCGUCUGUUGUCACUCCUGGAUGACAAUACGAUUCACUUAUGGGAGCUGGUGGCUGUUGUGACCAGAGAAGUGGGUGGAGUUAAGAAAGAAGGCUUGGUCUGUCUCCAGGAAGUGGGCAGCUACAGCCUCCCAGGGAGACCAGGAAUUGAAAGUUGCAGUGCCACUCGGGUGACCGUUCUCCUCUUGCUGAGAUCUUGUGAAUUGCUCUGUAUUGGAACAGAAGGAGGUGGUGUGUACUUCCUGGAUUUGCCCCAUUUAUCACUGAAGGACAAUCAGUCUCUGCUCCAGGACCAGGUCACACAAAGACUGCCAGAGGACUACAGAUGUGGGAAGUCCUUAGGGCCAGUGGAAUCUCUGCAGGAACAUCCCCAGCACCCAGGAAAAAUUCUGAUUGGCUACAGCCGAGGCCUAGUGGCCUUAUGGGAUUUGGCUGCCUGUCAUGCUGACCAGCUCUUCCUGGGCAAGCAGCAGCUGGAGAGCCUGGUAUGGGAACCUGGAAGCUUAUUUGUUCAUUCACAUAAUGACGGCAGCUACUCCGUUUGGGCGGUUACCAGCGGCAACCCUUACAUUCACCAGCCAUUAUCUACCACCAUCCCUUAUGGGCCAUUUCCCUGUAAGGCCAUCAACAAGAUACUUUACAGGACGACACAAACAGGUUGUCCAGUGUUGUUGUACAGUGGAGGGAUGCCCAGAGCGAGCUACGGAGACCGUCACUGCCUGACCAUUCAGCAAGAUAAAGACCAUGUCACUCUUGAUUUCACAUCUCGAGUCACUGACUUCUUUACUGUCAACAGCAUAGAACAAGAGAAAGAGUUUGAUGACCCAUCAGCCUUGGUAGUAUUACUAGAAGAAGAACUAGUUGUAAUUGACCUCCAGACCACUGGGUGGCCCUCUCUCCCCACUCCCUACUUAGCUCCUCUGCACUCCUCAGCCAUUACUUGCUCCUGCCACAUCUCCAAUGUUCCUUCCAAACUUUGGGAGAGGCUGGUCAGUGCUGGUAAAGCACAGCAGAGCAGACAGCACACACACAAGAGUUGGCCCAUAUGUGGUGGGAAAAACUUGGCACCUCCACCAAAACAACAAGAACUGUUAUUGACUGGACACGAGGAUGGUACUGUGCGUUUCUGGGAUGCAUCGGGUGUUGCUCUGACGCCACUAUAUAAACUCAGCACAGCCAAUGUCUUCCACACUGACUGCGACCCUUGUGAUGACCCUCAUGACCCGAGCAAUGACCCCGACAUGCAGCAGGAUGACGAAUGGCCUCCUUUCAGGAAGGUUGGCUGUUUUGACCCGUACAGCGACGACCCCAGGCUGGGCAUCCAAAAAAUUGCUCUGUGCAAAUACAGCAACAAGUUGGUGGUAGCUGGAACUGCUGGGCAGGUGAUUGUGCUGGGUUUUAAUGACGAGCCUUCAGACCACUUUGUGGACAUCUCAGUGGUUGAUUUGCUGCAGGACAGGGAAGGCUUCACUUGGAAGGGCCACGACCGGCUGGAGCCACUCCUUAAACCUGCCCCCUUCCCCUCAGGCUUUCAACCACUAGUGCUGGUGCAGUGUCUGCCCCCAGCCUCUGUGACGGCUGUGGCGCUACACGCGGAGUGGAACCUUAUUGCUUUCGGGACGAGUCACGGAUUUGGUCUGUUUGACUACCACAGAUGUAGUGCUGUGCUGGUCAGGUGUACCCUGCACCCCAAUGACUCCCUGGCAAUGGAGGGUCCUCUCUCUAGAGUCAAAUCCUUGAAAAAGUCAUUACGGCAGAGCUUCAGACGCAUCCGUAAGAGUAGAGUAUCUGGGAAGAAACGUGCUCUCAGCUCACAAACCAGCAAGGUGCAGGAAGCCAAUGCGGCUCUAACAGAGCACGAGGAAGUAGCUCCGGUGCAGCGACGGAUCGAACCUCGAUCGGCAGACGAUUCGCUGUCUGGGGUGGUGCGAUGUCUCUGUUUCGCUGAUACCUUUCUGCGCGAUGGUACACAUCAUGGCCCGACACUGUGGGCGGGGACUAACUCAGGCAGUGUGUACGCCUACGCUCUGGAGGUGCCCGGUGUGGGUACAGGGCGGGGGUGUGAGCGGGGUGGAGCAGGUGAGAGCAGUUUGUGUGUGGAGGCCGUGUUGGGUAAAGAGAUCCAGCUGAUGCAUAGGGCGCCUGUGGUGAUGAUCUGUGUGCUGGACGCGCGGGGAAAACCUUUACCGGAUCCUUACGAAGCUUCGCAAGACCUCGCCAUCGCACCGGAUAUGUCAAAUGCUCACUCUGUUCUUAUUGCCUCAGAAGAACAGCUGAAGAUCUUCUCUCUCCCAAAAGUGAGCGCGAAAACUAAGUUCAAGUUAACGGCCCAUGAGGGCUGUCGGGUGAGGAAGGUGGACCUGGUGGUCUUCAGCUCCACGGCUCAGGAAGACUACAGCGAACACACACUGGUCUGUCUGACAAACCUGGGAGACAUGCACCUCUUCAACAUACCCGGCCUGCGGCCACAGGUGCGUUACGAUUGCAUUCGUAAAGAAGACAUAAGCGGCAUAGCAUCCUGCGUCUUCACUAAAAAUGGACAGGGGUUCUACUUGAUCUCUCCAUCAGAAUACGAACGGUUCUCCUUGUCUGCAAAGAUCCGCACCGAACCCUUAUGUUCUGUCCUCCUUGACCGUCCUCUGGAAUACACAGCUGACAGUGAUGGCACAAUAACACAGCUGCAGGCCAACGGAACCCACAAGAACCAGAUGGGUCAGGCUGAGGGACAAACAGAGGAGCCUCUGAGUGCACUGUCCUCUCCCCUCCUCGAAACGCCGCUGGACUCCCCCCUCAGCUGUGCAGAUCUCACCCUUGACUCCACUGGAGAACUCACUGUGGAGGACGUCAGGGAUUUCCUCACCACUGUGGACGAGGAGGAAAACAAUCUAAAGAACAUCGAGGAGGAAGGACGCUCGACUGGCAUCCUCAUCAAGUAAACUGGGAGAAGCUGAUCUGGAGCAACAUAACUGGAUGGUAUUAGAGCGCUGGACCACACACGUCUCUGUGCGCAGGUCUCUCCUGUUCAUCU